CAUAAAAGGUAAGAGCCUUAUCCUUUAUUUACUUUUGCUUCCAAACUUGCAUGGCUUCAACAAUCCUAUCAUAUGCUACUCUUCAAUAUCAUCUACACAUUAAUAAUCUCUUCCAAACCAAAACAUCACCAAAAAAGUACUUCUCCAUAAAAUGCACUAUUUCUGACCCUGAAUUUCCAACACCAGACCCUACAAACACUACAAUGAACAAUCCAGAAACAUUUCCUAUAGAAAAAAGAAGAAGAUCAGAGAUAAUAAGACAAAGAAGGCCAAAAACUGAGCUUGCAACCGAGCCACAAAACUUCGAAAUCGGUUGGAAAAGGACGAAAGAGAUUAAUCUUGAGAAGCCAAUUGGGUAUGUGGUAGCUGAUUUUUUGGAGAAGUUGGAGGAACUUAUGAUGAAGAAGGAAUUUGGAUCAACAGAACUGUUGGCAAAAGUUGGAGAAAUCGUCGCCGAAAGGGCGAGAGAAGAAGCAGAGGUUUUGAGAGAUGAAGGGAAAGUUGAAGAGAGAAUGGUUACUGAACUUUUUAGAGUAUUGAAGUUGAUGGAAAUGGAUUUGGCUAUGGUGAAAGGUGCUGUGAAGGAAGAUACUUUGAGUGAGAGGCUUGAAAUAGCUAAGGCAAGGUGCAGGCAAGCUAUACUUGUUGCUUAUUCCUUUUGAACUUUUUUUCAUGGGAAUGUGAUAUUCAGAAUAUAAAAUAAUGUUAUUAAACAUUUUUGUUUAUGUCACUGAUUUAUGUGUAUUUUGAUAAACAUAAGAUUCUUUUAUUUUAAAAAGAUAUUGAAUGUGGAUUGAAUGAAACAGUGUAAUGUUGAAAGAUAUUAGACCUUUUAAUACUA